AUGGCGGACCUGGUUCGAGAGCGCCUCGCUCCGGUGUCAACCUACCGAGAUCGUCAGUACGUUGGCACAUAUGAACAGCGCGAGGAACAGCUGCUGAAAACGCAAACAGUAUACGUGGGAAACUUGUCCGUUUACACGACGGAGGAACAGAUAUAUCAAGUUUUUGGCAUGGCUGGUGAGGUCAAGCGUGUGGUCAUGGGUCUCGAUCGUUUCAAGCUGACACCAUGUGGGUUCUGUUUUGUGGAAUUCAUGUCCCGAGAGGGCGCUGAAUACGCCGUAGAGUUGCUGAAUCGCAGCACGCUGGAUGACCAGAUCAUCAAAGUGGACUUUGACGUCGGCUUUCAAGAGGGCCGCCAAUGGGGUCGCGGCAUAAGCGGCGGCCAGCGGGCUCAGGAUCGGCAGGAAAAACGCGUCGCGCGCAAGUACCGAUGA